GAACAGGCCGGAAAUGGCGCAUGUAGCUUUGUGAACGGCUGAUGGAGACAUUUUAAAAUAAACAGACAGCUAGCCGCUAACGGCUAAGAGGUCUCGCAAAGGUGCGAGCGCACUGCGCCAAAUCACGUUGAAAUUCUUCCAAGUUUUAUAGAAUUGAAGUAUAUUUUGCAGGGCAUUGUUUAUGCAUCGUAAAUCAAAAAGACUACAAAUUACCGAAGAUGUCGAAAAGUCUGACACUGGGAAACGAAGAUUAUAACUAACGCCGCGGUGAGCUCCUGUCCAGGCACAUUGGUCCAUGUUUGUUGGACCUCUGGGCUCUGGGCUCAACUAGCAUGAAGAUGGCUGAUUCAGAGAAGGCAGAGGAAUUUGUGGAUGCUGAGUGCCCCCCAGAGUGCCUUGACGAAGCACAAUCAGCCACGGUUUCUGUUCAGGGAGAGCAGGAUGAGCAUCUGAAAACAGAGACCACCACCAGUACCAGCUCACCACCAAGGGAAAAGGAGGCAGACAGCCCCUUGCAUACAGAGGGUGAGCAGAGUCUCCUCUCCAUGCCAUUCCUGAUGAAAGAGCUCCGCCGUGACUCCCCAGAGUCCCAGCAUGCCUCUACAGGGAGUGACAAGCCUGUGUCUCGACAUAUAUAUGAGAGUGACUCCUCAAACCCCUGCAUGCUCUCCCCUUCAUCCAGUGGCCACCUUGCUGACUCAGACACACUCUCCUCAGGCGAAGAAGGUGCUGCUCCUCCUGUAGGAGAUGAUGAAGAAGGCAGCAUGGAAGCUGUAAAUGAUCCUGGGCAGGCAGCAGGAAAGCAAACAUCUGCCACGGCGACAGGGGGGAGGAAAUCUCGGCGGUCACGUUCAGAGAGCGAGAUGCCUCCCAAUGCAAUGGCUGCAAAGAAAAAUCGCUGCCAGCCCACCAUGGUAGCAGCAGGAGGGCAGGAAAAACAAACCAAUGGCAAGCUGGCGAAAGUGAAAGGUCAUCGAAGCCAGAAACACAAGGAGCGUAUGCGUUUGCUGAGGCAAAAACGAGAGGCAGCAGCACGGAAGAAGUAUAACCUGCUGCAGGACAGCAGUACGAGUGACAGCGAGCUCACAUGUGACUCCAGCACCAGCACCUCUGAGGAUGAGGAUGAUGACACUUCAGGAGGUAGCAAGACAAUCAAGACAGAUAUUCCAGCUGGCUUCAGACGUGCAUCGGAGAGAUCCAGAGUGGGCGCCCAGAUUCAUGGGCUGCUGGACAGCGGUUCGUGGGACAGGAACGGCAUCGGCAGCGUUCUGGAGGAGGCCAUGACGCGCUUUGCCGUGAUGCAGCGCCAGACUGAGGAGCGCUUCCGCAUCUGGAUGGAAAAGCUUGCACACCUCGACUCGGACAACGACUCGUCCAAACGCUCAAGUGAUGCCCUAGAGGGGCAGCAGCAUCACUCCCAGGGGGCACGCCCGUCCCCUCCCAGUUCCUUUUUACCAUCGUCAGAGUCUGCAGAGACUAUGGCUGCCUACAUGCUGGCACGAGAGAACAACAGUCUCACCCCCAACCCUAUAAACAACAACAUCCUACCUGAAGUGGUCACUCAGAAUGGAAAUCUAGGUGUUCCAGACCCUGGUCUCUUGAAUGUUUAGAUUUCCCAUCUUUACUCCUUGCAGUCUCAUACUUUGAUCUUACCAAGUGUAGAAUUAGUUGAUGCAGAAAGCAUGGCAAUGGGUAUUAAUAGGUAAACGAUGCGAGGUCACUAAACGGAUACACCAUCAACAGCAGCUGGGUCUGAGCUGGUCAUUUGAAAUUGACUGUGCAGACCUGAGGCCCAGUGCAUCUGCUGGCACUGAAUCACUGUGAGAUUUGACAUUCAUUCAAUAAUUCAACUCACCUGUUUGAUUUCUGCAGCAUCUGUGACACGGACACGGGGCAUAUCUCAAUAGAUUGUUGAGUCAGGGCUCUUAUUGUACUGCUUAUUGUAUGGCUUGUUUGUUUUUGUUUACUGGCUGUACACACACAUACGCACGCACACACAAACACACACACAGAGUAGCUGAUAAUGUCAUUCAUGCAGAAUGUACAUUACAGCACCUGGGCAGCCAUCAUUACAGUGCUAGGUGGGGUGCUGCUGCUUAAUAGCAUGUGCCUUGUCAUUCUGUUCUUAUACUGGGAAUGAUGGAUAAAGCAUCAUAGUACUAUUUCUUUAGAAAUCAGGUUCAACACCAACUACAUAACCCUUCUUUCUCCUGAACUAUGUUUGCACUUUGCUUGUAAAUGGUUCAGGCGUUUUAAAAUCUUGCGACAACCUUUAUUUUGGUGGCAUAGCUUUACUAACAUCAAAACAUUUAAACAUAGAUAUGCCUAUAAAUAGAAACGCAAUAUAGACACCCACACGAUUUCUUGCUUAUUAAAAUCAUAUGACUUAAUUAGAUUAGACGUGUUUACAUUUUUUAAUAUUUGCCUUUCUGUUACAUUUGCUGCUAUUGCUGCCUGUGUGCAGUAAGAGGAAACUAGUGAGGGAGGUAUGACUCCCAGUGUUUAUUUUCAGUAGCCUAUGUAUAGAUUAUGGCCAUCAGAUAAGGAAUGGAUUCCUUUGCUGUGGCUAUUGACUGCAAUGUCAAGAGCCUCAAAUCUUCACUCAUAUAAUAUUUGCCUAGUUAAUUUUUAUUUUUAUUUUUCACUGGUCUGCCAGCUUGGCCUGUCUCUCCACAAGGCACUGCUUGUUCCACAGCUUGACUUUCAACUGAAAGCCCAGGCAACAAACUUACAGAUACACAGCAGUAAUACAGCUGCACUAUAGUGCAUGGCAAUGUUUACUGAUUUCCUAAAAAUGGACUGAUCUGGGUGAUCAAGUGGCCUUCUCUGGUUCUGAUCCUGUGGUCUUUGAGGUGGAAACGCUCCUCUUCGCCCACUCCUCAAAGUACUUUUACUGAUGUGGAUGCUAACACUAUUGAACCAUCACAGACAUUGAUGUAGGAAUCUUUGGCCUAAUCAUAUUUAUAGUUAGGAUGUUAAAACUGUUUUCUGUAUGUAUAUAUGUAGCCCUAUUACAACACUUAAAGCUGAUCGCAUUGUCUCCCCACUUGUUUGCAUGUGAUUAUAUUAGUAUGUAGAAUGUGCAAGGCCAAAUUAGUUUUCAUCAGCAGCAUGUGUGCAAGGUAUAGCUUUGCUUGUGCUGAUAAAUGGUGACUGACAGACAUUUUAUCUAUUUAGUUGUUUUCUCUUGGCCUGAUGGUUUUAUUUCAAAUUGUGUGAAUAUUGGUGUUUUUGUUUCAUGGUGCAUAAUUACUUUGCCAUUUUGGGUUAAAUGGAUCUGACAACUGCUGUCCUGCAUUUGUUGAAACUGAAAUUACCUUUAAAUCAACCGCUUUGUCAACAUUUUAAAGAGAGCCUCGUGCAUACAAUCUCAAACUGUGUGCAUUAAAAACAUCACUAAGGACAGUCUGUUGUUUACCAAAGAGACUAUCCUGGUUUACAUUAGUUGGUUUUCUAUCUUCAAUACAUGGCCUUUUACAUUGGCACGUGCUCGGUUUCUUUGGUAACCCCUGGUACCUGCUCAUUUCAGCCCAAUCAGCUGUUCAUAGGCAGCGUUCUCUCAUAGUACUCACUGCCCAGGCAAACCCCCUCACACACACACACGUCUGGAUAGAAUUGUGUGUGCGUGUGUGUGUGUGUGUGCGUGUGUGUGUGUGUGUGUCUGUCUCCCAGGGACUCCUUUGACAGGGUAGAACAGAUACAUCUUCCAGCUCUUCCACAGUUAUUCCGCUGUUGUUUGGCUUUUAUUAUCCCACUCCUUCGCUCACUGAGUAAGAUUAUGAUGAAGUGUUUUGUAAUGACCGUACUCUAGUGUUGUUUUAUGUGAAUGGCUGUUACUUUAAAAGCAAUAAAUGGAGAGAAAAAAAAAACACUUCUGCUUCAAAAGGUUUAUUAACACACUGCAAACAGAACAACUCAUAAUAUAAAAGCCUCACUAGCGUAGCUUUGGAAAGUUAUGAUAAUAUUAUUCACAGUUGUAAUUGUUGGUGUUUUACAGUAGAAUGAGGGCUGUCAAACUGACUGAGCCAACAUGUUUUAUUUGACUUGGUGUAAACCUUUGCAUCUGGUGAACUACGGUGUGUUUCCUUGUGUGUAUUUUAGAUGCUGCAACGAGCGGGACUGUGGAUGCAGUGUCCAGUCUCUUGUCCAAACAGAGUCCCACUAUUCCCAGGCAUGAUUUGAAUAAUGAA